GGGACUAACCUCUGAUAUGGUUGUGUUCAGAAGGAUGUGUUUAACCCAAGUUGCUGGGUGGUCAAGAGGGGACAUGCCUCUGUGAGACACCGCUGGAAACCAAUGCUCUGCUGCCAUGCCUCCUGGGAUGGGGUGUCGUCUUUCGGUGUUAGCAGUCCAAACACUGCUGACUCUCCUGCUGCUAGCUGCCGGCUGGCCCUUCACCUCAGUACCUAGAGGUGUUGUUGAAGCAUCAGACUCUUCCCCCUCCAGUCUUUAUCCCACCUUCAUCAGGAAUGACACUCUGUUCGAGCACUUGGCCCUGCAUCCAGACCCCAUUGUGGGUCUGGUCUACAUCGGGGCCCGGGAUCACCUGUUCCAGUUGGAUCGAUUCCUGCAACCUGAACUUCAGGAGGACACGGGACCUGUCAUAGACAGCAGGGACUGCUUACCUCCUGUAACCGACAGCAACUGCCCUCAGGCUAAGCUCACCAGCAACCACAACAAGCUCCUGCUGGUGGACCCGUACUCCAUGGAACUUAUUACCUGUGGGAGCGUCAACCAAGGGAUCUGCCAGAAACGAAGUCUGGACUCUGUGAAUCUGGUACUUUUCUCUACAGAGAGGCCAGUAGAUACUCAAUACGUAGCAGCUAACCACCCAAACGUCAGCACUGUGGGACUGGUGGUUCGCUCUCAUCCUGAUAGGCAGCCAGUACUGUUUGUGGGGCGGGGUUACACUAGCAGCCACCCACCCAUUUCCACACGAAACCUUGCCCAGGGUUCAGUCUUCUCUUACGAGGAGACCGCUAAGUUGGCUGUGGCUGGCCGUCUCUCAGAAUACGACCAUCAUUUUGUAGCAUCCUUUGCCCACCGUCACCACGUGUACUUCCUCUUCUACAGGCGGGACCUAAAGUCACAGUCACGCGAGUACCGCACCUACGUGUCCCGUGUCUGUUUGGACGACCAGGCCUAUUAUUCAUACGUGGAAGUUCCCUUGACAUGCCGUUCCAGGGCAGGGAAAGUUUACAACCUCUUGCAAGCUGUCCAGCUCGGGAUCACCCAGGACGGUACAGACAGUCAGGGAUCAGAAGUUCUUCUUGGCGUCUUCUCCACUCGUUCGGCUUCAUCUAGUCGACCAAGUGAGGACUCUGCCCUCUGCAUGUUUAACCUGGAAGAUGUGGACCUCAGGAUUAACUCCACCAGAGACUUGUGCUACACACAGAUGGGUAAAGAAUUGGGACUGGAGGCAGCCUACAUCGAGUAUGAAGUCAAAUCCAACUGUGCCAACCUGCCAGAGAACACUCUGGAAGCGUACCCCUGCGGCUCGGACCACACCCCCAGCCCGAUGGCCAGCAGGACGGCCGUGGAGGCAGAGACCAUAUUGGACAGUCCGUCCGCCCGUCUCACUGCUGUGGCUGUCAGCGUGAGGGCGGGACAUACCAUCGCCUUCCUGGGAGACUCCAAAGGGAACCUGCACAAGGUGUUUCUGGGCCCGAACGGAGAAGUGGAGGAGUUUUCAGUCAUCUCCAUUCAGCCGAACACAGCCAUCGGGGCAGACCUGAUCCUGGACCAGAAAGAGGAACAUCUCUUCAUCAUGACUCAAAACAUGCUGCAGAAGAGGCCCGUGGCUGAAUGCCAGCAGCACCCAGACUGCCACUCCUGCCUGCUGGCCCACGACCCCUACUGCGGCUGGUGUGUCCUGGAGGGCAGGUGUGUGUUGCAGGCGCAGUGCUCUCGGGGGCAGCAGCCGGGUCAGUGGCUGUGGAGCUUCGACAUGGAGCAGCAGUGUCUGGCGGUGCAGGAGCUCCACCCCUCCAACAUCAGCCGGGAGGAGAGCAGGACGGUGUCAGUGUCCGUCACAGGACUCCCGGUGUUGGAGAAAGGAGAGAGCUACGCCUGCUUCUUCCAGGACAGCCACAGCCCUGCCUCCGUCACUGAGGGCGGAGCCACCUGCCAUUCUCCUGACAGAGGCCGGGUGCCCAGGGUCCCCCCAGGACAGGACUUCGUCACCGUCCCUCUGUCUCUUCGCUUCGGCGACGUCACGGUCACAUCGAGGGAUUUCACCUUCUACGACUGUACGGCUGUGAAGCAGCUGUCUGGCAGCAUGCCAUGCCGGGGCUGUGUUUUGAGCCGGUGGGGAUGUAACUGGUGCGUUCACCAGCACCUGUGCACCCACAAGCCCACCUGUGAGGAGGGUGUGAUCAUCUACAACCAACAUUUCAAACUCCCCACCUCAGCUCCUCCCACUAUCAAACCGAUAAAAGUCAUCACAACUAGCACAACCGCUGCCAUGACAACCACCACCAUCCUAACAACAACAACUAUUGCUACUACAACGACAACCGCCGCCCCCGUCACCGUAGCAACCACUCAGGAGCCAACCACCCCCCCUGCACCCACGACUCCACCUGCAACCACCACCAGGAUUGAGCCAACCACCCCCCCCUACCACCCCACCUCUGCCUGUCAGCACCCUCCCCUCUACCACGGCUCCACCCACUACACCCGCCCCCCCCCACUACACCCGCCCCCCCCAGAGCUCACUACCCACCAGCAGGAGGAGCUUUUUGUUGUCUCCCAAAGUGUCACACCCAGUGUCGCCGUGGCAGCCACGCAGUUGGUGCCAGUCACCAUUGCUGACGGUGUCGAGGAAGACCUGGACCCUGCGGUGCCUUUGAUCCUCCCCCCAUAUGAGGAGGAUUCCACCCCCCUGGAGGUGAUGACGGGGUCUCCCCACAGCGGCACUCAGGAAGCCGAGGGAGCUUUGAGCCUGGCCGAGCCCCCCACCCCUGCCUCGUCUGGCUUCCCCCUGCCAACACCUUUCUCUGUGGGUGACCCCAACGACUCAGAGCCCCCUCCUGACCUGAGCCAGACCACUACUCUGAUGCCCACGCAGGACUCCAGCACUCAGGCAGGGGGCCCAGGCAGCGACCCUGAGGUUCUCCUCGAUCCCAUAGAAGAAGAGGACGUCCACACUGAGAGCACUGCACUGUCAGAAAACGACACGGCAACAUUUUCUGCUGCCACCGUGCUUUCAGGUGACGGUGAGGUAGACCACGCCCCCCCGUCCUACCCCCACCUGUUGGAUACUGACUCAGAGCUGGACUACCAGUAUGAUCCAGCUGACGCCUUCCUCCCGGGGGACGAAGGCUCCUACGUCAGCUGGGGGUCCUCAGCGUGUCCCUGUGUGGAGAAGGUCCAGGGUUCAGCGCUGCUCCCUGUCAGAGUGGAGAGGAAAAUCACCUUACUGGCACGCAACCUGCACCUCUACCAGGAUGCAGACCUGGACUAUGAGUGUGUGUUGGUCAUCGAGGGGCAGACGGUGGUGGUGGACGCCUACGUAGAAACUGAUGACAUGAAUCCAUCCAACUUUGACAUCACCUGUCAACUGCACCAGUACACAUAUUCUGCUCCGGUGGAGGAAUACAAUGCCAUGGUGUAUGUGAAGAGGAGGGACACCUUCCAUGUGGACAGCUCUCCUGAUCUGUAUGUGACUCUGUACAACUGCUCGGUGGGCCGCUCUGACUGCAGCCACUGCCACACCGCAGACCAUAAGUACGGCUGUGUGUGGUGUGGGGGGGCUCAGGCCAGCUGCUUGUAUUCACAGUCCUGCAGUGAACCCGUGCAGCAGACGUGCCCCGCCCCCGUCAUCCACUCGAUUGAGCCCCUCUCUGGCCUACUGGAGGGCGGCACCAUGGUAACCAUCUCCGGCUCCAACCUGGGCCAGAAGGCAGAAGACAUCCUGCACUCUGUGUCAGUCGCAGAGAUUUCCUGCACCGUCAUCCCCAGCCUCUACGAGGUCUCCUCCAGGAUUGUGUGCAGGACCAGAGCCAGUGGAGGAGAGAGGGUGGGGCCUGUGUCUGUAACCGUGAGCGGAGGAGAGUUAGGGCGCUCCCCCCAGACCUUCAGCUACCAGGACCCAUUUGUGAUGGGGGUGUCUCCUGAACGGGGGCCCAAAGCUGGAGGGACAUCCCUGACCAUCACAGGCCGAAACCUGCUGACAGGACGUCCUUCUGACCUCACCAUCACAGUGGGGGGGUUGCCCUGCGAGAUUGUGUCGGAGGUGCAGAGCUCCAGUGUUCAGUGUGUGACGGGCAGCAGUGAUAAGACCGGAGACCACCGGGUCAGCCUGCACUACAGCAGCAGCCAGCGCCACCUCCACACCCCCGCCUACUGCUACACCCACAACCCCAACAUCACCCACGCCUCACCUGCCAAGAGCUUCCUGGAUGGCGGCCGGCUGAUCUACGUGUCGGGUCACAACCUGGACGUGGUGCAGGAGCCCCGCAUGGUCGUCUCCGUCUCCCCCUUCCAGUCCAUCAGCCAGAGUAAGAGGAGGAGGAGGAAGAGGAAGAGGAGGAGUGUAGAGCAGGGGGAGGACGGGGGGAAGAGUCCUGAACGCAGCUGUCCUAGAGACCCCCUCUGCUCUGUCAAACAGUUCUCGGAGCGCUGCGAGGUGAACUCCUCCUCCCUCAUCCUGUGCCGCUCUCCCAUGGUGGACUCCUCCAUCUGGGGGUCAAAGGUCACUGCAGAGUUCCUGCUGGACAACCUGCACUUCGACUUCAGCCGUCUGAACCCCCAGAGCUUCAGCUACGAGCCCAACCCUGUCCUGCGCCCGCUCAACCAGCUGGACCCUCAGAAGGCGUACCGCUACAACCCCGGCAGCUUCAUCCAACUGGAGGGGGAGAACCUGGACCUGGCCGUCACUAAGGACGAGCUGGAGGUUAUGGUGGGGGAGGGUGUGUGUGCUGUGAAGACCCUGACCAGAAACCACCUGUACUGCGAGCCCCCCCCUCAGCAGCCUCCACCAGGACCCAACGGCAAGAAGAGGGAGGGCUCCGACAAUCUGCCUGAGUUCACAGUCCGAAUGGGCAACCUGAACUUCUCCCUGGGUAAGGUUCAGUAUGACACCCUCAGCCUGGCCACCUUCCCCCUGGAGGCUCAGAUUGGAGUUGGGGUGGGGGCUUCAAUCGUAGCCCUCAUCGUCCUCAUCAUCGUGCUCAUCUACAGGAGGAAGAGUAAGCAGGCGCUGAGAGACUACAAGAAGGUGCAGAUCCAGCUGGAGAACCUGGAGACCAGCGUGAGAGACCGCUGCAAGAAAGAGUUCACAGACCUGAUGACGGAGAUGAUGGACAUGUCCAGUGACCUGGUGGGCUCCGGCAUCCCGUUCCUGGACUACCGGAGGUACGCUGAGCGGAUCUUCUUCCCCGGCCACCGGGAGUCCCCUCUGAGGCGGGACCUGGACGUGCAGGAGUGUCGGAGGCAGACGGUGGAGCAGGGCCUGGUGCAGCUGUCCAACCUGCUCAACAGCAAGCUCUUCCUCACCAAGUUCAUCCACACUCUGGAGAGCCAGCGGACCUUCUCCCCAAGAGACCGGGCCUACGUGGCCUCGCUGCUGACCGUGUCGCUGCACGGCAAGCUGGAAUACUUCACCGACAUCCUGAAAACUCUGCUCAACGACCUGGUGGAGCAGUACGUGGCCAAGAACCCCAAACUGAUGCUGCGGCGGACGGAGACGGUGGUGGAGAAGCUGCUCACCAACUGGAUGUCCAUCUGCCUCUAUGCUUUCCUCAGGGACUCAGCGGGGGAGUCUCUCUACAUGCUGUUCAGGGCCAUAAAGCACCAGGUGGACAAAGGGCCGGUGGACGCUGUGACCGGGAAGGCCAAGUACACUCUGAACGACAACCGGCUGCUGAGGGAGGACGUGGAGUACAAGACCCUGACCCUGAACGUCCUGGUGCAGGGUGGAGCAGAGAACGAGAGCCAGCCGCUGCCCUCCAAAGUGCUGGAUUGUGACACCAUCACCCAGGUGAAGGAGAAGCUGCUGGACCAGGUCUACAAGGGCACCUCCUUCUCCCACCGGCCCCACGCAGACUCCCUGGACCUGGAGUGGCGCUCUGGAGUGGCCGGUCAUCUCAUCCUGUCAGACGAGGACCUGACGUCAGUGGUGCAGGGGAACUGGAAGCGCCUGAACACCCUGCAGCACUACAAGGUCCCAGACGGAUCCACAGUGGCGCUGGUCCCUCGCAACAGCAAACACAUUCACCAUGACAACCACGACUACGUGGCUGGAGAGAAGACCCCGAUGCUGGAGGAUGCAGACGAGGGAGGCGUGCGGCUGUGGCACCUGGUGAAGGCCAGCGAGGAGCCCGAGCUGCCCAAACACCGGAGAGGAAGUCUGAGGGAGAGAGAGAGGGCCAAGGCCAUCCCCGAGAUCUACCUCACCCGCCUGCUCUCCAUGAAGGGGACGCUGCAGAAGUUUGUGGACGACCUGUUCACAGUGAUCCUCAGCACCAGCCGCCCCGUCCCGCUGGCUGUCAAAUACUUCUUCGACCUGCUGGACGACCAGGCGGCCAAACACGGCAUCUCCGACCCGGAGACCAUACACAUCUGGAAGACCAACAGUCUGCCUCUGCGUUUCUGGAUCAACAUUGUGAAGAACCCUCAGUUCAUCUUUGACGUGCAGGCCUCGGACCACGUGGACGCCGUGCUGUCCGUCAUCUCUCAGACCUUCAUGGACUCCUGCACCAUCGCCGAGCACAAGCUGGGCCGGGACUCUCCCAUCAACAAGCUGCUGUACGCCAGAGACAUCCCCCGCUACAAGCAAAUGGUAGAAAGGUACUAUGCGGACAUCAGGCAAACCAUCUCAGCCAGUGACCAGGAGAUGAACUCUGCUCUGGCUGAACUGUCUCGGAACUACUCUGGGGAGCUAAACUACCUGGUGGCACUGCACGAGCUGUACAAGUACAUCAACAAAUACUACGACCAGAUCAUCACGGCGCUGGAGGAGGACCCCACAGCCCAGAAGAUGCAGCUGGGCUACAGACUGCAGCAGAUCGCUGCCGCCGUGGAGAAUAAAGUCACAGACUUGUGACGGAGCAGGCUGAUACUGGGAAGGGGGGGGGACCAGACCUACACCCUGCAGCUGGACCUGGGAGCAGGAGAGCCACAGGCAGACUGACAUGAAUCCUUCUUUUCAGGAGGAAGUCAAGGAGCACUGAGAUUUUGAAAAAACAUUUGCUUUGCUAAGGAUCAGAAGACUCAGGUUGGAGUUGAAAGCACCUUAUGGUCUGAGCGCUCUCUGAGGAGGAGCAGAGCGUGGACACUGACAAGAACCCUGGAGUCAAUGAGGCCUGCUCUCCUUAACCUAAUGAAGAGACAUUUGAAAGCGAAACUUCUCUGUGUUUAUCUCUAAAGAACACGUGCUGGACUUCAAACGUGACGGUCUUACACAGCAGCUGAUCUGCAGUCAGCUGAUCUUCAGGCUGAUCACAGCUGUGUGCUAACUGUUGUCCCUCAGAGUGAAUUUAUGAAGCGGUACCUCUUAUGCCUUGUGUGCUUGUCGCUGCUGUAUUAGUUAUUUCUGUGUGUGCGUGCGUGUGUGUCCAUUUCACUGCUUGCCAAUCUACACUCUGUAUUGGCAAUUUUCUGUUUUUUAGUACAAAGUACACAUUGAUGUAACUGGUUAUUUACUUAGAUGACUGCAGUAUUCACAAAACGAUUACCUAAGCUUCCAUAUUCUUUCUCUGAAAUGGACACGUUUUUACGCCCUUCUAAUCAAAGAAAACGGCUGAGUCACUGCCACUCUCUACCUCAGCCUAAUGUACCUUGCUUUCCUGUGAUGCUGUUGACACAACACCAACACUACUACUUAGAUUUCAACCAGCUAAAACUACCAGUAUAGCAGUGCAGCAUCUGCUGUCUUUGACACAGAGUAACACCAGCUGGACAUUCUCAUCAGCCGCGGUACGAACACACACACAUUUCUGAAAUUGAGAUUGGAAAUCAGAACCAGCUCAUUAGAGCAUUUUAAGGUACUUGCUCCCCGACUGAAUGUCAGUUUACUGUUUUAGUUUCUCGCUUUUAUACUUAUUCAUGUGUCUAUAGUGUACAAAUCACUGGAAUGAUGUCAGAGGAAAAGUAAAAGUUAUUCCAUAAAGAAACUCCAUGAAGUGGAAUCUUAGUGCGCACCACAGUGUUUUAUUUUGUUAGUCAGUCAUAUUUCUUUUAACUGUGUACAUUUUAACAUUCCUUUUAGGUUUUAAACAAUGUAUUAAAAUCAUGGUUCACCUCCACGCUAUGAUGAUGGUACGUGUUGAGGUUUCUUGGUGUUGACAUCAUGGCUGGUAAACAGUUCUUGUAUUGAACACAAGGUGGCACCGCUUCCUUUGCUGAAGGUCUGUCUGUCAUUUUGUUGUGUCAAGUUGAUACAGGUUUAUAUAUUGAUUAUAUUACUACUGGUUCAGUAGAUAUUGCUGAUCUUGUCACUGUUCUGUUCAGUUAGAGCACAGAGACCUUUUAUACAUGAGCAAAUGUUUUUCUUAUUUAAAUGACAGAACGAGAUGGCUUUCAGUAGGGCUGGGUGUGGUUGGACUACCCUUUAAUUUGGAUUACCAUUCGGUAAUGGUUAGGAAUUGCAGAUAUUAGAGGCUGGGUUCAGGUGAACACAAGGGGAAACCCAAAGAGACAGGAAAUCAGACCCUGCGUUGACUUUAAUGCUUAAUAACAGUGUGAUGGACUUCAAAAGUAAUGAGGUGUGGUACCCAGCCCUAGUUAGUCAUCAGCGACCAAAACGAUGAAAGUGAAUGAAGAGUGUUUAUGUAUGUCAUUCCCGGGUCCAGGCAUGUGAGAAUGUAGCCUGUAGGUUUAUUGCUACAUGACUUAACAUACAGAUUACUAAUGACUCAUGAACGGAUGGCUUGUUCUGUCAUACACUGUCACUUCAGAUAAGACUAAAAGCUCAGUGAUAAUAAAGUCAUUUCAAGAGGAACAUUAUACCUGUUUAGGCUGUACAAAUUUGGCAAUGUAGAGCAGGCUCUGCAAUGAGCAGUUUUAAGGAUGUUUCUUAUUGUGUGUGUUAAUAUCAGUGUACAUAUUGAUUGCAAAUGUAACUGUAGUGGUUUAACCUGUUUAAUAAGAGAUGGUGCCCAUUCUCACAGAUGCUGAUGUAAUAAAGUAUUCUUAAAAGUU